GGUACUUGUCCUGCUGCUCGUCUAUUUCUUUGAUGGUAUCAAUGAAAAGGGCUCAUUCCAUGUCUUGGAUGCGACCCAGAGAGAGGGAUGGAAACCUUGCGUCAUUAGAAGCCGAGCCGUAAAGAGCUAUAACGUUCCACGAUCUUCUAGGAAGUUGCGUCCAUUCUGCCACCCUCAGCCAUGGGAUACGAACGACUUGAAGAACCGUUCGAUGUAAUGCCAAUGUCUCAAUCACCCAGUCGCAGCGAGAACUAUUACUGGGAAGACGUCGUUGUACAGGUCGAAGACACACUGUUUCGAUUUCCAAAGCACUACUUGAUGGGAAAAUCAGAGGCCUUCAAGUCGAUGUUGUCUAUGCCGCAAGGGGAUAAUGAACCAGAGGGUACCAGUGAUGAUCGUCCUAUCAAGCUUUUGGGUAUCAGUAAAGUCGAGUUUGAACGGCUUCUUCAGGUCCUCCAUCCGAUAGAUGCACAGAAAGAACCAAAUCUAUCCAUGGAUGCAUGGUUCUCCGUCAUGAAGCUAUCUAGCCUAUGGAGGUUGGCAGAUACCCGAAACGUCGCCAUCUCCCACUUGACGACGCUUCUGUGGAAGAUAGAUCCGGUGGACCGAGUCAUCCUCGGCAGAAAGUACUCGGUCGCGCAGUGGCUUUCUUCCGGAUACAUGGAUCUAGUGCACCGCGCAGAGCUGUUGACGCAGGAGGAGGCGGAGAAGAUUGGUUUGGACACGGCACUCCAGAUUCAAUGUGUUAAUUCCGGUGAACCAUCGUUUGACCGAGAGAAGGUAAAAAUUGCGAUAGAGAAGGCGUUCAAGAAGGAAUUGGAUGAACAUGAAGCCGAUGGGGCUUUGUUCAAUGAGUAGUUUUGUAUUGCGAGAUUGGGUUACGCGCUGGGCAAGGGGAUCGCGAGACUCGAGCCUAUCCCGGUCUAGGAAGGAAAGAGCUAGUGUCGGGUACGGAUUGUGAAAAAUAGGUCCUUGCUACCUCUACUCCUGGAUCAAACUCUGAUCAAGGCUUUCAACCAUAGCAAAAUAAGUCGGGAUUCCCUUCAAUGGUAAAGCU